AUGAAAUAUUAUAUCCUAUCAGCAAUAUUAAAAAGAAUAAUUUUAAUUAAAAUAAUUUUCUUGGAAACUACAAAUUUUGCCUUAAGUCAAACAAUAACUCCCCCAUGUUCGUGUUCAAGUGUUAAACCAAAUUUUGGUACAAAUUCAAAUAUACCACAACAAUUAUGUGUUCCUCCGUUAGCUUAUGACCAAAAUAGUGUUUGGCUAACUUGGAAUAAACCUGAUAAUUAUGACAAUAUUGCUGAUUUUAAUGUUUAUAUGGGUGGAAAGAAAAUUGGAAGUGCCAAAGCAAAUUUAGCUGUAAAUACUUUGUCUGGCCCUUAUAUUCAAAAUUUUUAUAAAAAUGAUUUGAACAAUUUCCAUACAAAAAUACUUUUUACAACAUAUUUAGUUACUGGACUUAAUCCAAACACAAUAUACACAUUUACUGUUAGGGCUGUAGAUGCAAAUGGGGCUGAAUCUGGAAAUAGUAAUCAAGUUGUUGUUAAAACUGCUGAAAAUUAUGGAAAGAUUGCCGAUAUAACAACAUUCGGAGCAACGGGUGAUGGAACUACAUUAAAUACACAAGCAAUACAAAAAGCUAUAGAUUCUUGCUCCACCUCAACUUCAGCUUUUGGAUGUAAAGUUUUAAUUCCAAAAGGAAUUUUUCUAAGCGGGCCUUUAUUUCUACGUUCACAAAUGACUUUUGAAUUGGCUAAUGGGGCUAUUUUACGUGCAACUUCUAAUCCUUCUAAAUUUCCAAUUAAAUAUGGAAAUACUCCUAGUGCCUUUUUGAAUGCUUAUGCAAUAACCAACAUCAAAGUGAUUGGUCCUGGAUCAAUUGAUGGAAAUGGAUGGAAAUUAACUUCUAACGCAACAGAUGAACUUGGCAAGCAAAUUCCUGUUUAUCCAAAAGGAUCUUUUAACACUUUUAAAAAUUUGGGUAAUUUGGCUGCUAAUCAGAUAAUUGCAAAUGGAAAUAAUUAUGGCUCAAGAUCACGCUUGUUUGCUAUAAAUUCAGUAUCAAAUUUACAUAUUGGAGGAGGAAUUACAUUUAUAAACCCUUCAAUGACUACAAUAGGGCUUGGAGAUUGUAAAAAUGCUUCAAUAAUCAAUGUCAGAUUCCAAACAUAUAAUAUAAAUAACGGUGAUGGUAUCGACAUUGGUUCAAGUUCAAAUAUCCAAAUAAUUGGAAGUUUCUUCGAUACAGGCGAUGAUUGUAUUGCAAUGGGUACUGGUUGUGGAAGUAAUGCUGGACAAGGGGCUCCCGUCCAAUGUAUACUAAUUAAAAACAACUAUUUCCGACAUGGACAUGGAGCACCGUCAUUUGGCAGUAGCACUGGAGAUUGGGUAAAGGAUAUACUUAUUGAGGACAGUAUCGCCUUCUUAACUGAUAAUGGAGUUAGACUUAAAAGUAUGCCAGAAUGUGGCGGUGGGGUCCAAAAUGUUUAUGUUCGUGAUAUAGCAAUGCAGAGUGUUGGUUCUCGCAAUAAUUUUACUUUUGGUGGUCGCCAAUUUAGUGGAGAUACAACUGGUGGACACCCUUUCGUUUUUAUGUUAAAUUAUCACACAACUUCAAAUGGCAAAGCAAAAACACCAACACAAUUUAGUAAUAUAACUAUUACUCGUUGUAGUAUUGAUAAUGUAAAACCAACAAAGAGUGGAUCUGUUAUUUAUUUAUGUGGGCAUGAGGGUGGCGGUAAUUAUCAAACAAUUUAUAAUAAAAAUUUUAAAUUUGACAACAUUAAAGUAACUAACGCCGCUCCAGCACAAAUAAAUUUGGCCAAUUCAAUUACUUUCAAUAAAAUUGAUUUUACCAAUUUUGGUGAUAAAAGCACACCUUGGUUGAUUACUAAAUCAGAAAAUGUUAAAUUUAUUAAUGUUCCUACAAUGAAGUUAAAUAAACUAAAUUUUGCUUGA